AUCCAUUCUCUAGAAGUUACGUCUCUAUUGAUUUAGAGACUUUUUGAAAUUAUUUUGGUUUGUUUUUCAUUAAAUAAUGAGGAUAACUGUACCGUUGUUUUUGUUCAAACUGCCCAACGGGCAUUUAUUUCGAGGGAAAUACCGUCUUGUAAAACGGGUUACUCCGAAAGCAGUGAAACUGCUUAAAAGAGAAUUUCAAAUCGAGGAACAAAAUAUGUUUUACCUAAGACAUCCUUACCUUACAAAAGAGCAGUCUUUCAACCACAUGAAAGCCCUGAAGGCGUUGCGGGGUGACCCGCCGUACCAUACGAAAUUCGUGGUUCUUGCUAAUGAAAAGUUUGAAAAUGGAAAGCAUCGUACACUCGAAGAACAAUUGUCACACCUGAAGGUGACUGAAGACUGGGACUUCAAAGCCGGUUCAAUAUGAUUACGUUCUGUAUACAAUACAUAUUGUUAAUAUAGUUUAUUUACUUAAUAAAUUUGUUCUAUAAAGUG